AUGAAUCGAGUUCUGUUAGCUGUAGCAUUAGCUCUUGUAGCUGCUUCGGCGUUAUUACCGGUGGACGGGAAGAAGCCCGUGUCGUCGGCUCCGAGAAAGGAGGAUGUUCCGUUUAUCAAAUGCCAGGUGUGUGAGAAGCUAGCGUCGAGGUUGCACAAGCUGGUGAAGGAGAAGCAAGUAGAGAUCUCUCCCAAGAAGAUCUCGGAGUAUGAGAUUAUUGAGAUUGCGGAGAAUGUUUGCAACUUGAAGAAAGAAGAAGCUGAUUGGAUGCUUAAGAUUGAUAUUGUUGAGAAAGGUGACAAGCUUCAGCUGGUUGAACAAGAAGAAGAAGGGAUGUGCAAUUCUGAGUGUAAGACCAUUGAGGCUGCUUGUCAAAAGGUCAUUGGUUACUCAGACACUGAUGUUGCCGAGUAUAUAUACAAGUCUAAGCCUGAUCUUGCCUCACUUGUUAACCAUCUAUGCAAAGACCUGACCGAUGCUUGUACCAAGAACCCUCCUCCUGUUCCCAAGGAUCGAGUUCCUGGAGAACCAUUUGUUGCAAAACCAUCGAAAGAUGCUGAAAUGGACAAGAUCAUGAGAUCUAUGCAGGGUAUGCCAGGAGCACCUGGCAUGAAGGUAUACUCUAGAGAUGAUAUAGAGAAGUACAAAAACAACCCUGGAAAAUUCGGUAGUGAAGAUGAAGAUGAUGAUGAUGAAGAUGAGGAAGAGGAUGACAAGUUCCCCAAUAACUUGGGAAAAGUUCUAAGAGAGAAAGAGACCAAAAAGGAAGAGUGGAAGCAGACAGUCACUAAGUUACUCAAGAAGAAAGGUGAGUCUCUGAGGGGAAAGAUGAAGAUGGUGUCGAACCGGGUCCGGAGAUGGUGGAAAGGAUCUUCAAAGAAGCCUAAAUCCGGAAAAUCUGAGCUAUAG